CUCCCCCAAAGUCAGCAGUACCCUCCACUGCUUCCCAUCUCCAUGGCAACGGUGCAGGAGCCGGGCCUGGUGUGGGGUGGGAGGGACCAGACCAGACAUUCUGCUUUCCGGUUCUAGAGUGGGGAGUAGGGGGUGGCAAACAGGAGAGAAGAGGACCGCAUUUGGAAUGGAGCCACCCCUCAGUAGGCCACUUUGAGAGGGACGACCCUCCCCAUCUCCUGGUCCCCAUAUUGUUGCAGCUCACUUCUUAGCUUCCUCCCCAGACACCCCACCCAAUCCAAAUUCUCCUCGGUGGAGCCUCCAGUACCAAGCAGUGCCAGCCCACCCACCCUGCUGUGCCAUUCCUGAAACACCCACAGGUCACCUGCAGCUGCCCACACCCACCCAGGCCACCACAGCUUGUCACCUGGACUUUCCAGCCAGAGCCAGGGCCAGCCUCCCUAUCCACCCACACAUCCUCUUCACACGCCCCAGUAACCUCUCAUCAUGGGUCUCUUGGGCCCAGCUCAGGGGAACUUCUCUUUUCUGUUCAUCCACCCCCACUCGUGUCCCUCCAUCCCCUACAGGGACAGCUCAUUCCCCAGCAGCAGCCCUCUAAACAUGUGGUCAGCCACACUUCAGUGAAGUCACCAGCUCUCGGGCACCUCCUGCUGCCCCAGGCUCAAAACUCACACCUCCAUCUCACCUUUACUAUAAAAGUCAGUCUCCACCUCCCUGGGGUGAAGGGGCCAGGCUCCGGCCAGGAGGGCAGGAUGCCGGGGUGGAUUGGUCCACCUGUCUGUCCUUAGCUAAUUUUAGCUUCAUUUUUUUGUAGUUUGACAAAGUGGGCCACUAGCUCCCGCGGUGAUUCUGUGAUUUCUAGGACACACUGGGUCAGCCACAAAGUGGAGCGCAGGGGGGUGGGGGGCUGCAAGCAGGGCCAAGGACAGGGAGGAGAAAGGUGCCAGGAAGGCUGCAGAGGUGGUGCAAACUUGUCUGUGCAGGGGGCUGAGGGCAUGUCUAGUCUCCCUUGGCUGCCCCUGUGUCUGUCCACUGGUACUGGUGGCCUCUGAGUGGCUCAACAGUGAGGAUCACCCUUGCUUUUCUCAGCUGCCUGUGAUGCUGCUGUCCCCCGUCGCCCCGUGGCCCCACGAUGACCCACAGCCCCGCGACAAGCGAGGACGAGGAAAGACACAGUGCCAGCGAGUGUCCCGAGGGGGGCUCAGAAUCGGACAGCUCCCCAGACGGGCCAGGAAGAGGCCCCCAGGGGACUCGGGGCCGAGGCAGCGGAGCACCUGGUAACCUGGCCUCUACCCGAGGCCUCCAGGGACGCUCCAUGUCUGUCCCUGACGACGCCCACUUCAGCAUGAUGGUUUUCAGGAUUGGCAUCCCUGACUUGCAUCAGACGAAAUGCCUACGCUUCAACCCAGAUGCCACCAUCUGGACAGCCAAACAGCAAGUACUCUGUGCCCUGAGCGAGAGUCUACAGGACGUGCUGAACUAUGGACUGUUCCAGCCAGCCACCUCAGGCCGGGAUGCCAACUUCUUGGAGGAGGAGAGGCUUCUAAGAGAGUACCCUCAGUCCUUUGAGAAAGGGGUACCCUACCUGGAGUUCCGCUACAAGACCCGAGUCUACAAACAGACCAACCUGGAUGAGAAACAGCUGGCCAAGCUGCACACAAAGACUGGGUUGAAGAAGUUCCUGGAAUAUGUGCAGCUUGGGACGUCUGACAAGGUGGCAAGGCUGCUGGACAAGGGGCUGGACCCCAACUACCACGACUCAGAUUCAGGAGAGACACCUUUGACCCUGGCGGCCCAGACUGAAGGCUCAGUAGAGGUGAUUCGGACGCUGUGCCUGGGCGGGGCGCAUAUAGACUUCAGGGCCCGGGAUGGCAUGACAGCGCUUCACAAAGCUGCAUGUGCCCGGCACUGCCUGGCGCUCACGGCACUUCUGGACCUUGGGGGCUCCCCCAACUACAAGGACCGACGAGGGCUGACCCCCCUGUUCCACACAGCUAUGGUGGGGGGAGACCCCCGCUGCUGCGAGCUACUUCUGUACAACAGGGCCCAGCUGGGCAUUGCAGAUGAGAACGGCUGGCAGGAAAUCCAUCAGGCCUGCCAACGAGGGCACUCUCAGCACCUGGAACACCUGCUCUUCUAUGGGGCUGAGCCUGGAGCCCAGAAUGCCUCAGGAAACACGGCCCUGCACAUCUGUGCUCUCUACAACAAGGAGACCUGUGCCAGGAUCCUCCUUUAUCGUGGAGCAAACAAGGAUGUGAAAAAUAACAAUGGACAGACACCCUUCCAGGUGGCUGUGAUUGCUGGGAAUUUUGAGCUGGGGGAACUGAUUCGUAACCAUCGGGAACAGGAUGUGGUACCUUUCCAGGAGUCCCCCAAGUAUGCAGCCCGGCGUCGGGGACCCCCAGGCGCAGGGCUGACUGUACCCCCAGCGCUGCUGCGAGCUAACAGUGACACGAGCAUGGCGCUGCCUGAUUGGAUGGUGUUUUCGGCCCCAGGGGCCUCAUCCUCUGGGACCCCUGGCCCUACCUCAGGAUCCCAGGGCCAGUCACAGCCCUCGGCCCCCAGCACCAAACUCAGUAGUGGGACCCUCAGAAGUGCCAGCAGUCCCCGAGGAGCCCGGGCACGCUCCCCGUCCCGGGGGAGACAUCCUGAAGACGCCAAGAGACAACCUCGAGGCCGGCCCAGCUCCAGCGGGACACCCCGAGAUGGGCCGGCUGGGGGAACUGGGGGCUCAGGGGGCCCUGGGGGCUCCCUGGGCAGCAGAGGCAGACGUAGGAAGCUCUAUUCAGCGGUACCCGGUCGCUCCUUCAUGGCGGUGAAGUCCUACCAGGCGCAAGGCGAGGGGGAGAUCUCUCUGAGUAAAGGCGAAAAGAUCAAAGUGCUCAGCAUCGGGGAAGGAGGCUUCUGGGAAGGCCAGGUCAAAGGUCGAGUUGGCUGGUUCCCUUCUGACUGCCUAGAAGAGGUGGCAAACCGUUCCCAGGAGGGAAGACAAGAAAGCCGAAGUGACAAGGCAAAGAGACUCUUCAGGCAUUACACAGUGGGCUCCUAUGACAGCUUCGAUGCCCCAAGUCUGAUCGAUGGGAUUGACUCAGGGAGUGAUUACAUCAUCAAGGAGAAGACAGUCUUACUGCAGAAGAAGGACAGUGAGGGGUUCGGGUUCGUGCUCCGGGGGGCCAAGGCGCAGACCCCCAUCGAGGAAUUCACCCCCACCCCGGCCUUCCCGGCGCUGCAGUACCUCGAGUCUGUGGACGAGGGUGGCGUGGCAUGGCGGGCUGGACUACGAAUGGGAGACUUCCUCAUCGAGGUGAACGGACAGAAUGUAGUGAAGGUUGGCCACCGUCAGGUGGUCAACAUGAUCCGACAGGGAGGCAACACACUGAUGGUCAAGGUGGUGAUGGUGACCAGACACCCAGACAUGGAUGAGGCUGUCCACAAGAAAGCAUCCCAGCAGGCUAAGCGGCUCCCGCCCCCAGCCAUCUCCCUGCGUUCCAAGUCUAUGACCUCAGAGCUGGAGGAAAUGGUCUCCCCCUGGAAGAAGAAAAUUGAAUACGAACAACAGCCUGCAGCAGUGCCCAGCAUGGAGAAAAAGCGGACUGUGUAUCAGAUGGCACUCAACAAACUGGAUGAGAUCUUGGCUGCAGCUCAGCAGACCAUCAGUGCAAGUGAGAGUCCUGGGCCUGGCGGCCUCGCAUCCCUGGGCAAGCACCGACCCAAAGGAUUCUUUGCCACUGAGUCGAGCUUUGAUCCUCACCACCGCUCCCAGCCAAGUUAUGACCGGCCUUCUUUCCUGCCUCCCGGACCUGGCCUUAUGCUCCGGCAGAAAUCUAUCGGGGCUGCGGAAGAUGACAGACCCUACCUAGCACCCCCAGCCAUGAAAUUCAGUCGUAGCCUGUCAGUCCCGGGUUCAGAGGACAUACCCCCACCACCCACUACAUCCCCACCAGAGCCGCCCUAUAGCACACCUCCGGCCCCCUCCUCUUCCGGCCGCCUCACUCCCUCGCCUCGGGGAGGGCCCUUUAACCCUGGUUCCGGGGGUCCCCUUCCCGCCUCCUCACCUUCAUCUUUCGAUGGGCCAUCUCCUCCUGACCCCCGUAGUGGGGGCCGAGAGAAGAGCCUAUAUCACAGUGGCGCCCUACCCCCUGCCCACCACCACCCACCUCAUCACCACCAUCAUCACGCCCCACCUCCUCAGCCCCACCAUCACCAUGCGCAUCCUCCCCACCCACCGGAGAUGGAGACAGGAGGUUCCCCCGACGAUCCCCCACCUCGAUUGGCUCUGGGACCCCAGCCCAGCCUUCGAGGCUGGCGAGGUGGAGGACCCAGCCCGACCUCGGGGGCCCCAUCACCUUCCCACCACAGUAGCAGCGGAGGCAGUAGCGGUCCUGCUCAGGCUCCCGCCCUGCGCUACUUCCAGCUGCCCCCGAGGGCGGCCAGUGCGGCUAUGUACGUACCAGCCCGCUCCGGCCGCGGUCGCAAAGGCCCGCUGGUCAAGCAGACCAAAGUGGAAGGCGAGCCCCAAAAGGGCAGCCUCCCUCCCGCGUCCUCUCCAACAUCCCCGGCGUUGCCUCGGUCCGAACCACCUCCGGCCGGGCCGUCGGAGAAAAAUUCCAUCCCUAUCCCUACCAUCAUCAUCAAAGCCCCAUCUACCAGUAGCAGCGGCCGCAGUAGCCAGGGAAGCAGCACAGAGGCUGAGCCCCCCACCCAGCCCGACGGCGCGGGCGGCGGAGGAUCCUCGCCUAGCCCUGCACCUGCCACGUCCCCUGUACCGCCGUCCCCGUCGCCCGUGCCCACCCCUGCGUCACCCAGCGGCCCGGCCACCCUGGAUUUCACUAGCCAGUUUGGAGCAGCCCUAGUGGGCGCGGCGCGGAGGGAGGGAGGCUGGCAAAACGAAGCCCGGCGGCGGUCCACGCUAUUCCUGUCCACCGACGCAGGAGAUGAGGAUGGAGGCGACAGCGGGCUGGGCCCGGGGGCGCCCCCGGGUCCCCGGCUGCGCCAUUCCAAAUCCAUUGAUGAAGGCAUGUUCUCCGCCGAGCCGUACCUCCGGCUGGAGUCGGGGGGCAGCAGCGGGGGCUACGGGGCAUACGCAGCGGGCAGCCGAGCCUACGGGGGCAGCGGGAGCAGCAGCGCCUUCACCAGCUUCCUCCCCCCGCGGCCCCUGGUGCAUCCGCUGACCGGCAAAGCCUUGGAUCCCGCCUCUCCGCUGGGGCUGGCCUUGGCCGCCCGGGAGCGGGCCUUGAAGGAGUCCUCGGAGGGCGGGGUCACCCCUCAGCCGCCCCCGAGACCUCCAUCACCACGCUACGACGCCCCACCGCCCACCCUUCACCACCACUCGCCCCAUUCACCCCAUUCGCCACAUGCGCGUCAUGAGCCAGUGUUGCGCCUCUGGGGAGACCCGGCGCGCCGGGAGCUGGGGUACCGGGCAGGCCUAGGGAGUCAGGAGAAGGCCCUUACCGCUAGUCCACCUGCAGCUCGCCGCUCGCUACUGCACCGUCUUCCCCCGACGGCUCCCGGGGUCGGGCCGCUCCUGCUUCAACUGGGGCCGGAGCCCCCAACUCCCCAUCCUGGGGUGAGCAAGGCCUGGCGCACAGCAGCCCCCGAGGAGCCAGAGCGGCUGCCUCUGCAUGUGCGAUUCCUUGAAAAUUGCCAGGCCCGGCCUCCUCCAGCUGGCACGAGAGGGUCCUCCACUGAAGAUGGGCCUGGGGUUCCGCCUCCCAGCCCUCGCAGAGUCUUGCCAACCUCUCCCACUUCCCCGCGAGGCAACGAGGAGAACGGCCUUCCGCUACUGGUCCUGCCACCGCCAGCCCCUUCGGUGGAUGUGGACGACGGCGAGUUCUUGUUUGCGGAGCCGCUGCCUCCACCCCUGGAGUUUUCCAAUAGCUUCGAAAAGCCAGAGUCGCCUCUCACACCCGGGCCUCCCCACCCGCUGCCUGACCCUCCCUCCCCAGCUACCCCUCUACCCGCAGCCCCACCUCCGGCUGUGGCCGCCGCCCCUCCCACCUUGGACUCCACAGCAUCCAGCCUGACCUCUUAUGACAGCGAAGUGGCCACGUUGACCCAGGGGGCUCCCGCGGCUCCUGGGGACCCUCCUGCUCCAGGCCCUCCGGCCCCGGCAGCUCCAGCUCCUCCAGCACCGCAGCCAGGCCCCGACCCUCCACCUGGCACAGAUUCUGGAAUUGAGGAGGUGGACAGUCGGAGCAGCAGCGAUCACCCGCUGGAGACCAUCAGCAGUGCAUCCACACUCAGCAGCUUGUCCGCCGAAGGAGGAGGCAACACAGGGGGCGUGGCUGGGGGCGGGGCCGGGGUGGCCAGCGGGACGGAGCUCCUGGACACCUACGUUGCCUACCUGGAUGGCCAGGCCUUCGGGGGCAGUGGGACUCCUGGCCCACCAUAUCCCCCUCAGCUCAUGACUCCUUCUAAGCUCCGGGGCAGGGCGCUUGGGACUAGUGGAAAUUUGAGACCUGGUCCCAGUGGGGGACUUCGAGAUCCUGUCACCCCCACCAGCCCCACCGUCUCUGUGACAGGAGCUGGAACAGAUGGGCUACUGGCCUUGAGUGCUUGUUCUGGACCCUCAACGGCAGGUGUGGCAGGGGGUCCCGUGGCGGUUGAGCCAGAAGUCCCGCCUGUACCUUUGCCCACUGCCUCAUCCCUGCCUCGGAAGCUACUACCAUGGGAGGAGGGUCCGGGACCACCACCACCACCCCUGCCAGGGCCCCUGUCCCAGCCUCAGGCCUCUGCCUUGGCCACGGUCAAAGCCAGCAUCAUCAGCGAACUCAGCUCCAAGCUCCAGCAGUUUGGUGGGGCCUCUACCGCGGGAGGAGCUCUGCCUUGGGCUCGGGGAGGCAGCGGGGGCAGCACAGACAGCCACCACGGAGGAGCCAGUUACAUCCCAGAGAGGACCUCCUCCCUGCAGCGGCAGAGGCUCUCCGAAGACUCCCAGACCUCUCUCCUCUCCAAACCCAGCAGCAGCAUCUUUCAGAACUGGCCUAAACCCCCUCUGCCACCACUCCCCACCGGAUCUGGGGUCUCCUCUUCAACAGCUGCAGCCCCAGGAGCUACAUCCCCUUCAGCCUCAUCUGCCUCAGCUUCCACCAGACACCUGCAGGGUGUGGAAUUUGAGAUGCGGCCUCCGCUGCUCCGCCGGGCACCCAGCCCCUCGCUGCUGCCUGCCUCGGAUCACAAGGUCAGCCCAGCGCCCAGGCCCUCUUCUUUGCCCAUCCUGCCUUCAGGACCCCUCUACCCGGGCCUCUUCGACAUCCGUAGCUCUCCGACCGGAGGGGCAGGAGGCUCGGCUGACCCCUUCGCUCCCGUCUUUGUGCCACCACACCCCGGGAUAUCUGGGGGUCUUGGAGGAGCCUUGUCUGGGGCCUCUCGCUCCCUAUCACCCACCCGCCUGCUCUCGCUGCCCCCGGACAAGCCGUUCGGCGCCAAGCCUCUAGGGUUCUGGACCAAGUUUGACGUCGCUGAUUGGCUGGAGUGGCUGGGCUUAUCAGAGCAUCGAGCCCAGUUCCUGGACCACGAGAUUGAUGGCUCCCAUCUGCCCGCCUUGACCAAGGAGGACUAUGUGGACCUGGGCGUGACCAGGGUGGGCCACCGUAUGAACAUUGACCGGGCUCUCAAAUUUUUCCUGGAGAGGUGAUGGCUGGCCUGGACGGACCAGCCCGUCCAUAGGACCCUUGAGCCUGCUGACCUCUUGACCUCUGACCCCUCUGACCAUCAUUCUCUCCCCUCUCCCCUCAGGGGGCCAGGGACUCUGCUAAAACUGUGCCUGGCCCCAUCUCCCCAGGCCUGACUGAGGUCCCCAGGUGGACCCGAUGCGGGCCAGACAAUGGCACCUCGCAAGAGGUGGGCAGCUGACACAAGACUGCAAGUGGAGUAGAGGGGGGGAUUAGACAAAAAUGACAAAGGGGUACUGAAGAAGGAGGGAAAGGCCGACUGGGGGUGGGGGGACAGACAGAGCCAUAGAGGGUCAGCCCAGAGCCUGACCUGAUGGGGUCCUGGGAAGGUGUGCCCUCCGAUUCCAUCAUUCGCGCCCCUCAAAUAACCCUUUUCACCUCUCCAGGCCCCUCAGUCUUCCCUCUCUCCGUGGCACACUCAGCUGCCCAGCCCCCGGCCUCUUGCACGCCUGUUCCCCUUCCUGGCUGCAGUUUUUGCACAAGCUUGCCCCCUGGCUGUCUUGCACACCUCUGGCCUGCUGAGGCCCUCUCCGCUCCCCAACACGCUGCAUUCUUUUUUUUUUUUUCUUUUCUUUCUUUUUUUUUUUUUUUUUUUUUUUUUCCUCAAGCGCCACCGCCUUCGCUAGCUUGCUCUCUGCAUACUUGCUUCUGGGGGAGAGGGGUUACUGCACCCUUUCUUUCUCUAGCCACCCUGGUCCCAUGCUGCAGACACACAUGGGACUUUCCUUCCCUCUCCUGCUCCCAGACCCAGGCAUACUCCCAUAGCCCCUGGCCACCCGUGCUCUCUGCUCUCUCUGUACAUGCUCUGAACACACUCACCUCCGCUCUCACGUCCAGGGCCACUUUCCUGUCUUGCCACCCCUAAGCCCUUACUCUCCCUCUCAUGGUGGCACUCCUGUGCCCGGCCUUCUCUAUUUUCUCUGACACUUAGCACACCCCUCACACUCAUGGCCCUGAACUCUUUCCAAAUGUUUAACCCCUUCUCCCCCGGCUCCUCAUCCUUCUCCUUCACAUUCCUGUUCACUGCUGUUUUGUUUUGUUUCCUGAGAAAGGGUUUCUCUGUGGAACCCUGGCUGUCCUGGAACUCAGAGAUUGCCUCUGCCUCCCAUAUGCUGGGAUUAAAGGCGUGCGUCACCACGCCAGGCUACUUCUGUUCACCGGUUUCCUUGCUUUCUUGUGUACCCUUGCACACUUCCUCUUGUGCACUUGCCCUCCCCGGCCCAUUCUCCACCCCUGCCCCCAGCCUCCUUCUUCUUUUUCUUCUUCUUCUUCUUCUUCUUUCUUCUUCUUCUUCUUCUUCUUCUUCUUCUUCUUCUUCUUCUUCUUCUUCUUCUUCUUCUUCUUCUUCUUCUUCUUUCUUCUUCUUCUUCUUCUUCUUCUUCUUCUUCUUCUUCUUCUUCUUCCUUCUUCUUCUUCUUCUUCUUCUUCUUCUUCUUCUUCUUCUUCUUCUUCUUCUUCUUCUUUCUUCUUCUUCUUCUUCUUCUUCUUCCUUCUUUAAUGGUGCUCAGGUAUGGGAUGUGCUUGCUGCGCUGUUCUGAUCUUUCUAGAUGACUUUCCCCAGUUGCCCUGCAGAGCCUGGCCUCUUUUUGGUUUGCGUAUUCGCCUCUCUGCAUACUCUUAGCCAGUCCUCUCUUCUCAUUUUCUGCACCCACCCUAGGUCUUCGCUCACCUCCCCCUGCUUUUCCUAGGGAGAGGAGACCCUGCGCAUGCACGCUGGCUCCCAGCUCACUAGGCUGUCACCCAGUCCUGUCAUUCUUAGACCAUUCAUCUGUCUGUCCAUUUUGCACGAAGAUUCCCCUCUCCUCCCCAACCCUUUCUUCUCUCCCAGAUUACGCCCCCAUCCUUACAGCAUGGCUCCUCCCUCCCCGCACGUUCCCCCUCCCUGCUUCUGGGGCUUGGGAAUUAAAGCCACCUCUCCUCCCCUAGGUAGCCCCCUCCCCUGCUGUGGAUAAAAGGGGAGAAGGCAUCGCCCUCAGGUUCCCCCCUAUGUUCAGCUGCCAAAGAAGGGAGCUCCCCUCCUUCCCCCCACCCCAUUCCCUAUAGCUGUCCCCAGGCGCCCCUGGGGCGCUCCAUCCACGAGGGGAGGGCCAGCCCCCUCCCCUCACCACGUCAGGGAAAUGCAGGGAACCUUGUGGGAGGGUCACGGGAGGGGGAGGGGUGGCGAGGGCUGGAGAGGUGGUGGCGCUGGGCCCCUACCCGCCCCCUCCCCCUGGUCGGAUGCCCCCCGUCCGCAGGGGGCCUGCGCGGCGCCUGUCUAUCAAGGGCUUGUUAAUUCCGGAUGGGUGCCGCGGGGUUGGGGAGGGCGUAAGGGGUGGGGGUGGGGGUGAAGGAGCGGGGAGAGGGAAGGGGGAGGGAUUGGAUGGGGGAGCGGGGUGGAGAGGAGAGACCAAGCAAAAAGAGAAACAAUAGCAAAAGAAAAAUAUACAAAGCAAAAUAAAAAUUAAAAAAAAAAACCCUAGAACACACAAAUCCAAAAGGGGGAAAAACCUGAAAUAAAAGCCCUAGAACUGUCUUCCAAGGGGGCGGGAGGGGACUUGAAAGGAGUUGAGCUCGUCCUGCAAGGUCGCAGGGAUAGGUUGUGACCAGGUUGGCGUUUCUGGCCGAGUGGAUGAGAGUGGAGGUUCGCCCCGCCCCCCACGCCCAACACGACUUUGCCGAGAGAAAUGGCUUUUGUAUCAGGUCAUUCUUUAUAAUUAAACUCACAGUAUCCACCCCCUCGA